CACCGCCGGCUUCCCCCUUCCGUCCUCCUUGGCUGCCGAGCCGGAGCCGCGCUGCCAGGAGGGCCCCUCUCCUCCUCCUCCUCUUCCUCCUCGGGACGCGCGCUGCCUGCUGCUCUCCGGGUUUUCGGGGCUGAAGCCGCAGCGCCUGAGAAGAGAGUCAGUGAAGUGCCCUGAUUAUCCAUCUCGCUCCAUUCUUUGUUCUUUCUGAAAAAUGAAGAAAAUGAUCUCAUGCUUCCUUUUGCUGGUUGGACUUUUCCCUGCCUUGGCCAGAGAGAGACACUUUCCAGGGACAAUUUUAAGUCAAAGAAAUGAUGUUUCUUUACUUGAAAAUUUUUGCAAUAACAAACGGCUGGACCUUGUGUUCAUCAUCGAUAGCUCUCGUAGUGUUCGCCCGUAUGACUUUGAGAAAGUGAAAGAAUUCAUCUUAACCAUCUUGCAGUUUUUGGACAUUGGCCCGGAUGCCACUAGAGUGGGACUCAUUCAAUAUGCCAGCACGGUCAAACAUGAAUUUUCCCUGAAGACCUUUAGGAGGAAACAGGAUGUGGAGAGAGCAGUGAAAAGAAUGCUCUACCUGGCUACGGGUACCAUGACGGGAUUAGCCAUUCAGUAUGCCGUGAACAUCGCAUUUACAGAAUCCGAAGGGGCUCGGCCACUUCGACAGAAUGUGCCUAGAGUGAUCAUGAUAGUGACAGAUGGGAGGCCUCAGGAUCCUGUCGCAGAUGUUGCCGCAAAAGCCAGGAAUUCGGGGAUUCUAAUUUUUGCUAUCGGCGUGGGAAAAGUAGAUAUGAAUACCCUCAAGUCCAUUGGGAGUGAACCUUAUGAAGACCAUGUGUUUUUGGUUGCAAAUUUCAGCCAGAUUGAAACGCUGACUUCUGUGUUCCAGACUAAACUUUGCGUCCAACACAUGUGCAGUGUGACUGAACAUGACUGUGACCAUUUCUGCAUCAACACUCCUGGAUCCUAUGUAUGUAAAUGCAAACAAGGGUAUAUUCUGAACUCAGACCAGAGGACUUGCAAUACCCAGGACCUAUGCGAAGUCGAAAAGCAUGAUUGUGAACAGAUAUGCGUGAAUACACCCGGAUCCUAUGUUUGCCAAUGUUAUGAUGGUUAUGAACUUGAGGAAGAUGGAAAGAAAUGCUUCAUCGUAAAUUACUGUGCUUUGAAUAACCAAGGCUGUCAACAUGAAUGCAUUAAUACUGAAGACUCCUACUACUGUCAGUGCCGCAAAGGGUUCAUUCUCAAUCCGGAUAAAAAAACCUGCAGACGACCAGACUACUGUGCAAUGCAAAAUCAUGGCUGCCAGCAGGAGUGUGUCAAUACAGAUGAAUCCUAUUACUGCCGAUGCCAGCAAGGGUUUACUCUCAAUCCAGAUAAGAGAACGUGCAAAAGAAUAAAUGUCUGUGCUUUGGGAAAACAUGGCUGUGAACAUGAAUGUGUUAACACGGAAGAUGGGUAUACUUGCAGAUGUCGAGCUGGAUAUGCUCUGAACCGUGACCGCAAAACAUGCAGAAGAAAAGACCACUGUGCUGAGUCCAACCAUGGCUGUGAGCAUCUGUGCCUGAACACCAAGGACUCUUACAUUUGCCAGUGUUCCGAAGGUUUCAUCAUUAAUGAGGAUCUGAAGACCUGUUCACGAGUGGACUAUUGUUUGCUGAAUGACCACGACUGUGAACAUUUGUGUGUAAAUAGUGAAAGAUCUUACACCUGCCAGUGCUUUGAAGGAUAUGUGCUGCGUGGGGAUGGGAAAACUUGCAAACGUAGAGAUGUCUGUAGAUCUGUCGACCAUGGAUGUGAGCACCUUUGUGUCAGCGACGGCGUUUCCUAUGCCUGCAAGUGCCACGAGGAAUUCGUACUGAGCGAAGAUGGAAAGACCUGCAGAAGUAAAGACCUCUGUAAAUCGGUUGAUCAUGGCUGUGAGCACCAGUGUGUCAACAGUGGAUACUCCUAUGUCUGCAAGUGCCACGAUGGAUUUGUAUUAAGAGAUGAUGGGAAGACAUGCAGAAAUCGAGAUGUCUGCAAAUCUGUUGACCACGGAUGCGAACAUGUCUGCGUUACUAAUGGGGAUUCAUAUGCCUGCAAGUGCCAUGAGGGAUUUCUAUUAAAGCAAGAUGGGAAAAUGUGUGGAAGCAAAGACUUUUGCAAGACCGUUGACCAUGGCUGUGAACAUGUUUGCAUGAAUAAUAACAAUUCAUACACCUGCAAAUGCCAUGAGGGAUUCAUACUGGAAGAGAAUGGGAAGACAUGCAGAAGAUGCACUGAAGGCCCAGUUGAUCUCGUGUUUGUGAUAGAUGGAUCAAAGAGUCUGGGAGAAAAUAAUUUUGAAAUUGUCAAAGAGUUUGUUUUGGGAAUCCUGGACACUCUCACCAUAUCUCCCAAAUCGGCACAAGUUGGUUUGAUACAAUAUUCUACUCAGGUCCGCACCGAAUUCACACUGAAACAAUUCAGCUCUGCCAAAGACCUGAAGAAAGCAGUGUCUCAAAUUAAAUAUAUGGGGAAAGGCACCAUGACUGGGCUUGCCCUGAAGCAAAUGGCUGAGAGAAGCUUCACAGAAGCAGAGGGCGCCAGGCGAUUCUCGGCAAAAGUGCCCCGAGUGUCUAUUGUGUUUACAGAUGGACGGGCCCAAGACGAAGUUUCUGAAUGGGCUGCUAAAGCAAAGCAAAAGGGAAUCACAAUGUAUGCCAUCGGAAUAGGGAAAGCAAUUGAGGAAGAAUUACGAGAAAUCGCUUCCGACCCUCCAGACAAGCAUCUUUUCUAUGCGGAGGAUUUCAGUGCCAUGGAAGAGAUUAGUGAGAAGCUGCAAAAGAGAAUAUGUGAAGGUUUGAAAGGCCACCAGGAUUUGCCAGCAAGUGUGCUUUAUUCAGAAGAUGCACAUUCUCAAGAACCCGAAGCAGCUACCCUAGCAAUCACAGACGUUCUUGCCUGUUCCAAUUUUGCAGUGCAUCACAAGUAUCUCUUUGAAGAAAAACAGCUGCGAUCAAAAGUAGCUUCAGGAAAUCCUUCAGAAGACAAGAAAGACCCAUGUAAAUGUGAAAACUUUACGACGUUCCAGAAUUUUGCAAAUGCUGAAGUUAAAAAACUAACACGGCAACAUAUCCUUUUUUAUAUACCUAUUUCAUAAAUUCUCAGCUUCUGAUAAAGUAAUACAGCAAAUCCUCAAAUUAACACGCAGAUUUAUAGUUAAAUCACAUUUAGUCUUUAAUAGGAUGCAAAUCCCGUUGGUUGCAAUCCCAUCUACUCUAAAUAGCUCAAUAGCCAGCAUCCACAGUAUUUUGGGGAGUGGGGUGGGAGAGACAGAAAGGGGUGAUUGCAUGGCAUCCAUAGCUUCUAUUCCACUAGAACCUCUGCUUUUCAUUAAUGAUGUAAGGAUUUUCCUCUGAACCCCCUUUGCCUGUUGAACUGUGUCAGGGAGGCUGAGAUCAGAGGCACAAGCAAUAGCAGCUGGGCAAUUUUAGCUUAUCUGGUGGCUUUCUGAAAGAAUGUUAGUGGUGAUAAAUGUGGAGCACAGGCUCCCUCUAGUGGCCACACCAAAAUUCAGAACUGCGGCCAAUAUAUAUACAGUGGUGCCUCACUAGACGAAUUUAAUUCGUUCCACGGGUCUAUUCUUAUAACGAAAAAUUUGACUAGCGAAUCCCAUAGGAA